AUGAAGGUCUCAUGGCUUGGCAAAAAAAACUUGGACAUUCUAGGCUUUCCUGUGCAAGCUGCGCUCAUAUUUGCAGCAGGUAAACCCAACUGUCAACUAAACCCACCAAACAAUAUGAAUAGGAUAGAUGUUAUGCUCAGCAUCUUCAAUUUUGGCGGUUUUCAGGGUGGUGGUAGUGACGUGCUACCUGAAGAGCUUUCCAAAUUCGCGUCAUCGAUACUUCCAUCCUCCCGAGCAAUCAGUGGUGCUCUGACCAGCAAAAUUUCACAAUUUCUAGCACCGCCACGAAAUUACGGUGACGAUUCGAAACCGUUUUCAAGAAACAACAUGGAUUUCAUUAUUCAAAACGCGUACAAGGCGUAUGUGAGCCAAGGGAAACCGUGA